AUGGUCGGCACCAACUCAAAGCAAAACACAGGGGAAGAGGAGGGUCUGUUGAGUGGUGAUUGGACCGAGGGUUAUCGUAACCCAAACGUAAUAAUCACAGAUGGGCAGCGUGGCAACAAAAGAGAAAGGGGUGAAGUCGGGCGUGGCCUCAGAUCACAAGUCGCCGACUCUCAAGAUGACGAUAGAAAAGCAUACACUCCCGUCCAGGUCGACCCUCCCUCUCUCACUCCCGGCGCCCCCUCUGGCAGCGCCUACCCGCCUCCUGCUACUACCGAGCAGAUGAUCAGCCAAUGGGUCGAUGCCCAGGUCACCUACUCCGAGAUCUGGCCCUCUCGCCAGCGCGUCAUCUACGCCGUCCUAUCACUGUACUGCAUCAUCGCAGAGAUUGCUUCAGCGGUCACACUUGGGGAGUGGGGCUGGGGUGUGUUUCUCUUGUGGAUUGCUACCUCGCUGUUAUUCCUCUGGAGGCACCGCGGGGUCAUGAAGGGGAGAGCAGCAGCGCUAGAAUCUGUCAACCUUGUCGCCGAGAGGAUGCGUUCUUUGAUGUACACCGCUGAGGAGAGUCGGGAUAUCCAGAUCCUCGAAUUUUUGGAAAUUAAAUCUUUCCUCUCGAAGCUGAUACCGCACAAAACUGACCUUUCAUCAGACAAAUACAUCUCACCUCCACCUUUCUCACCGAUACCCCCAUCAAUAUUCCUUUUCGCCAACAACCACAAAUGUCAAUCUGACGCAGCAGUCGGAUUGGGCAUUUCCAUCUUACCCUUCUUCGCGGUCUUCACAUUCCAACUGGGCCUCAUAUUGGGCAAUCUUCAUGGAGAAGACGGCAUCGGGGUCGCUAUCAUCAUCGGUUUCAUUUCGGAACUUAUCCUCAUCUUUUCCUUGCUCCAAUACGUCUACCACGAUCCUCAUGGUCACCUGUGCGGAGGGCUGGACAAGGACGGGGCGAAGCUACAAUGGGCGUGGCACAAGAAGCACUUCCAAUGGUGGGGCACCAAGGCAGUCAAAGAUGUCUUGCAGCCGGACGCUAUCUCUUCGCUCAAGAAAGCUACCGCACCACACAACGAGUCAAACCCUUCAUCUUCUACCACCACCGCACCAGCUGGAUAUGUUUCGUCACUCUCCAUCGACGUACUACUGCAAGAGCUGCAAAAGAGGAUGGAAGACGGGAACGUCGUCGCCGAGCUUCAGAGAAGGAUGAACGAAGGCGAUGUGGCUCGGAGGGCUUACAUGGCGUUAUCUGGUACCAAUAGUAAUCAAUCUCCUCCCUCCUAUGUCUGA